ACCACGGCCACGCCCACUGUGAGAGGACCCAGCCUUCUGCCAGCUCACGCUCGGUAUGGACCGAGUAAAAAGUCGGCAAACUUCGGGAAAUCAUUGAAAGGAGAGAAGUACUAUAAUUAUAUUUGGCGCGUCCUUCAGCUAUCUUGCUAGAAGGUGAUGCUGGGUGUGGCAGGAAUGACGGGCAGCAUUGCGAAUGCCCUGGCCAAUGCAGCCUGCGAGCGAUGUAAGAGUGGCUUUGCUCCAACUGAGAAGAUAGUCAAUAGUAAUGGAGAACUGUACCACGAGCAAUGCUUUGUGUGUGCCCAGUGUUUUCAGCAGUUUCCUGAAGGACUCUUCUAUGAGUUUGAAGGAAGAAAAUAUUGUGAACAUGACUUCCAGAUGCUUUUUGCUCCUUGCUGUCACCAGUGUGGGGAGUUUAUCAUCGGCCGUGUCAUCAAAGCCAUGAACAAUAGCUGGCAUCCAGACUGCUUCUGCUGUGACAUUUGUCAGGCUGUGCUUGCUGAUGUGGGAUUUGUCAAAAAUGCUGGCAGACACCUUUGUCGCCCGUGCCAUAACCGGGAGAAAGCUCGUGGCCUGGGGAAGUAUAUUUGCCAGAAGUGCCAUGCUAUCAUUGAGGAGCAGCCGUUGAUCUUCAAGAAUGACCCAUAUCACCCAGACCAUUUCAACUGCAACAACUGUGGGAAGGAGCUGACGGCUGAUGCUAGAGAACUGAAGGGGGAGCUCUUCUGUUUGCCUUGCCAUGAUAAGAUGGGUGUACCAAUCUGUGGUGCCUGCAGGAGACCUAUCGAAGGACGUGUAGUCAAUGCGAUGGGCAAGCAGUGGCACGUAGAGCAUUUUGUGUGUGCCAAGUGCGAGAAGCCUUUUCUUGGUCAUCGCCAUUACGAGAGAAAGGGUUUGGCGUACUGUGAGACUCAUUAUAACCAGCUCUUCGGUGACGUGUGCUAUCUCUGCAACCGUGUGAUUGAAGGCGAUGUUGUGUCUGCUCUCAACAAAGCCUGGUGUGUCAGUUGUUUCUCGUGCUCCACCUGCAACACUAAACUCACUCUCAAGAACAAGUUUGUAGAGUUUGACAUGAAGCCCGUUUGUAAAAAAUGUUACGAGAAGUUUCCACUUGAGCUCAAGAAAAGGCUCAAGAAGCUGGCGGAGUCUCUGGGACGCAAGUGAGCGGCCUCAGGAUAAAUGACCUGGAAGUGCUCCUGCUAUGUCCGACAUGGUAAAAACAUCCAGGGAAACUUCUGCGGCACGUCAUUAAAGCAGCAUGCAAAGGCAUAUUAAAGGAAAUUCUUAGAUCCUGAUCAACAUCAAAAGUUAUCAUUUCUAGACUGGGUCUCUGCCUCUGGGGGAUAAGAGAGGAGAAAGAGAGAGAGGAAAAAAGUGCAAACCCAAUCACUUAACUUUCUGAAUGUGUUAAUAAAACUGAUCUAAUAUCAGCCUCCUCAGUGCAGGUGAAAAAAGCAGUGCAUCAAUUAAAAAAUAUACAUCUGGGAUCCUUUUAAAGAUAUAAACGUAUACCACUGUGCGCUUUACAUGAAAUGCAAACAAUUUCUAUUCUUUUUUUUUUUUAAUGAAAUUGUGUUUAUUACAUUCCUGAGGUUUUAUGUUGUUGCUCUUGGAGAGACUAAAUAUUUCACUUCAUUUUUUCUCUGCCCUGAGUGUAAUUCUGUGUAAAACUUGAAUUUAGAAUAAUUUUUCAUUUUUGCCGUCGCUCUUAAUUACAUGCGUGCCUUGAUUGUGAGAACUAUUUAAAUGUCAGAAAUGGCUCAAAUCUAACGUGUACACAUUGAUUUACACCGUCGCUCAUUAAGUUGAAAUCAUUUGUCAGAAAAACUUGUCUUUUUAUUUUUCUACGCAUCAGUAAUUCCCUUUGACCUGGUGCAGUGAGGAGCAAUUAAGAUAUAAAUAUUAUCUAUUAGGAUAAAUUACAUUGUCACAGUCAAGAGAGGAGUGAAUAAAGUUUAUUCCAACCUCAUGGGCAACUGUGUAGUUAUGUAUUGGUAUUAGUAAAGAAUUAUCUACUAAAAGCAAAAUUAGGCUUGACUCUUUCUUUUUACCUCACCUUAAGUAAACACAACCACUUAUUUCUUUGGGAUAUUAUAAUAGUACCUCUUUUUGUAGUAAGAAAAUAAUGUCUCAAAAUCAGGUGUUAGUUUUCUUUCUUUUUACUUUGAACAAUUAUUUUCUUUGGCAUAUUUUGGGAUAUUGGUUUUCCUGGAUGUAAAGUAUGUAUAAAACUGAUAAAUCUAUGUUUGGUGAUCUUUAAUGUUUAACAUUAUGUUCAUAAUGCCUGAGCAAAGCAGGACAGAUUGUAUUUACAGGUAUUGUUUUGGUCUAAGAAUUAAUGUAUGGCUACAAGUGACCACCUGACUUGGGUGAAGAUAAGGUAGCGGUGCAACAGUGUUAAAAAGAUUACAUAACCCUUGUCAUGUUUUUAGACUAGCCUAUUACUGGAAAAACAAGUCUUUCCUGGGUGUAUGAUAAUGUGAUGUUAUUCUGCUUACUGUAAAUGCCUGGGGUUUGUUUGAUAUUUUUAGCUAAAUUAACAUUUGCAACAUUCGAAGUAAAAAUAAAAAAAAGUUCAAAGGAAUCCAUAUGAAAUGAAUUUCCAGCUAGUUAUUUAACACCAGAAUGCUUUGAUGUGAAAAUAUCACUAACGAGUCAGCACGUUGCUUAGGCUAUUUGCUACUUGGAAAUUUAGUAUGAAAUAAUGAGGAGUGCCAAAUACAAAAAAUGAGAUUUGCUUGGUUGAGCAUUUUUAUAAUGAAACACUGCAUUUUCAUUUAUUUGUCAGUUUGCAUUUUAUUGCAUGAAGUGGAGAAUUACAGUUUACUGCACCUCAUAUUUAGUACUAAGCUUCAUAAUGGGUGAUCAAUAAAGUAUUCCUGU